AUGCUGGGGCAUCGACACCAAGCGCAGUCAGUCAAGCGGCUCUCUCCCACACGGCUGCGGUCCGUGCUGUUUCUGGGACUGGCCCUUGCCGUCCUUGGAUGUCUGACGCCGUUAUCGCAGAGGGACCGUGCGAGGUCCCAGGCUCCCAGCGUGCUGUGGGCAGCCCCAGGUUGGAGGCCCAGCGCAGCAGGCGACUCUACAGUGAUCCUGAACUCCACGUACACCAAUGCCUUGGGCAGCUGCCAGGUGAUCGUGUGGCGAGAUGGGCGGAUCGAGUUUGAGCUGUAUGGUUUCGGCACUCGUGACACCACGGGCAAGAUGCUGCAAGAUUGUCGGUCUGCAAUGGCGGAACUUGAUGACUCCACGCCAUGCACAGCGCUUGUGGACAUGCGGAUGGGCGUGGGCUGUUCGCCCUUAGCAGUGCCUGUGAUCUCCCGCUUCAUGCGGGACGUGGGCUCGAGGAUCCAGCACUCAGCGAUCCUCGGACCCAGACCCCUCAUGGCACUGGCCCAGAUGAUUGCAACCCAGGUUCAUCAAGAGGGUGUUGCCUUCUUCAUCCACCGGCAUGACGCAGAGAGCUGGUGCCGGAUCCCAAAGGCGUAG